AUGUCGCACAUCCAUUCAACCCGUCAGGUCGACGAUGAUGAUAAGGGCGAAUUAAUCCCAGGCCAGCACCGUCGUCCCGAGCCAGUCCAAGAGAGCUCUGGGCAUUUGAAUGUGGAAUACGACAAACGGCUUCCUCUCAUUCUCCACUAUGAUAAGUUUUGCACUGAUCUCGUGAGCACGGUGGACGAUGCUCUCCGGUACUCCUCAUUCGAGUGCUACAUCUACGGUAUUUGUCAAGUCAUCUUCAACACCUUCACGCUGCGCUACGACGACAAGUCGCCAAAUCGUGAAACCUCCGUUCGUUGUGAACAACAGUACUCUUUCAUCAAGAAGUACACACAAUUGCCGAACGACCUCGUGAGGCGAAAAUACUGUACUCCCGACUUCGCUUGUGUGCGAACGGAUGCAACACCACAGCGUCGUCUCAUCUUCUUCGCCGAAAUCAAAGCCCUUGCAGCAUCCACAGAGCAGGAGGCAGUGGAUGCAUGGUUCAUCAAUCCGGACAUGGAGGCCAUCCAGGACAAGAUGCAGGCGACCCUCUCGCAAGUUGCCAACCAACUUCAUUUCGCUAAACAUUUCUUUGGCGAUGUAGCCGCAAGUGAAGGGUGGCACAUUUUCGUUGUGUGUGGCGUGUUUUGGUCCCUCCACUACAUCGAUUCGGGAACGCUUCUGCGUUCAGGCUAUCGUGCAGGAGAGGCCGCCGGACCGUCCACGCGGAGCGCCAAUGGCCAGGCCAAUGCAAAACGGUCAAAGCCUGACACCACUGCCACGACAGUCGACCUUGACACAUUCGACCCAGCUCUCGUUACCCCUAUCAGUACCAACAUCAUUGAACCAGCACAGUCCUUUUUCGAUAUGACAAUCCUUCAAGGCAGACCAACCCAUGGAAAUUGCCCCUUGAAUCCCAAUCUUGACGCCGCUUUCACAAGAAUCAUCAACCACUAUCGGUUUGCAUCAUGGAGUGAUCAUUUUACUCCCUGCAACUGGUUCCACCCGCGAGCUGCUAGUGAGGAGUAA